AUGCAUCAAAGAGGAAGUAAAGCUUCACAAAGCUACUCACGAAAACGAAGGAAUGACUAUCAACAUACGGAACAGUUCAGUGACAGUCCAUUGCUUCUCGAAAACCCUGUUGUUCCAGACAUAGUACGUUCUGUGGUGGAGCCGGACAAAGUGAAGACCUAUCUUCAGAAGCUUAUUCCGGAAAAGAAGUCCGACGAGAAGUCAACUCAUGUCAAAAUUCUCCUAGGAAACUCCGAGUCACAAAUUUUCACAGCCGAAUUCAAGAAUGAAUUGAUAAAUAACUUCCAUCUUGAUUCUAUCACUUUGUCUGAGAGCAGCCCGUUUAGCGUUGAUCGCAUUAUAACGCUUUAUGGUGAACAAAUUAGUUUACUGGCAGCCACUGCGUUUAUUGGGUUCACGAAUUCUGCGGAAUCAAACAAUCUUUUAAGGCAUGAGUCCUUCACUCUACGAUCACAAAACUACAAAAUCGAUAUCUUGGUGGAAGCUAGAGAGUUUGAGUUAGUGCUGUUUUCAGAGGGCAAAGCGCUGGUUGACUUUGCGCCAUACGACUUUAACCGAAACCUAAACGUUGUCAACAUAAAAGGUGAUCUUCAAUACUUGAUGAACACUGUUUCAGAGUAUUCCCGAAGGUUUUCAUUUCAAGUAUACAAGCAAGACACAGAUAUAAAAAUUCUUCCCACUAUAAGGCUGCAUGAUUAUGACCAUUUGUUCGAGUCUUCAGAAACAGAAGACCAGUUACGAGUCAGCAAGGAAGAGCUCCUCAAAUUCAUCUAUCUGAAGAACGUCUUGAAUGAUCUUUCCUGUAAAUAA